CCGUUAGUAAUCGUCGGGACCUUCCUCCUGUUGCACAAGAUACAAAUGUCAGGAGCGUGGAAGGGCAUUGCAAGUAGAAAUCAUGCAUAGAUUAUUAUUACGGACUUUACAUGUAGCUCGAAAGUCUUCACAUGUCGUCCAUGAGUCGAGUGUGUUGAUAUCUAAAUGUGACAAGACUGCAGCUCCAGGGUUCAGGGUUGCAAAUGGAGGCGGAGUCAGAGGUCUCAUCACAACUGCAGGUAGACACUGUGAAAAGAAAACUGAUGUUGCCUCAUCCCUUCAGGAAGAGAAAACAAAUGCAGCUAAAGAAGUUGUCCCGACAGAAACUUCAACUCUGCUUUCACAGAAAGCUGAAGAUCACAGCACGGUCAUCACAGCUUCAGAUAAAAUUGAACAGCCAGUGGUGUUAAAGACCGAUGAAGGAAUUGCUAAAGAAGUUGAACCAACAGAAACUUCAACUGUGCUUUCACAGAAAGUUGAAGAUGACAAGGCAGUCAUCAUGGCUUCAGAAAAUAUUGAUCCAGCAGAAGUGUUAAAGAUCCAUCAAGGAAGCGCUGAAGAAGUUGUCCCAACAGAAACUUCAACUCUGCUUUCACAGAAAGUUGAAGAUGACAAGGCAGUCAUCACGGCUUCAGAUAAAAUUGAACAGCCAGUGGUGUUAAAGACCGAUGAAGGAAUUGCUAAAGAAGUUGAACCAACAGAAACUUCAACUCUGCUUUCACAGAAAGUUGAAGAUGACAAGGCAGUCAUCACGGCUUCAGAAAAUAUUGAUCCAGCAGUGGUGUUAAAGAUCGAUCAAGGAAGCGCUGAAGAAGUUGUCCCAACAGAAACUUCAACUCUGCUUUCACAGAAAGUUGAAAAUGACAGCACGGUCAUUACAGCUUUGGAAAAUAUUGAACAGCCAGUGGUGUUAAAGACCAACAAUGGAAGUGUGAAAGAAGUUGACCCAACAGAAACUUCUACUCUGCUUUCACAGAAAGUUGAAGAUGACAGCACAAUCAUCACAGCUUCAGAAAAUAUCGAGCAGCCAGUGGUGUUAAAAACGGAUGAUGGAAGUGCUAAAAAAGUUGAACCAACAGAAACUUCAACUCUGCUUUCACAUAAAGCUGAAGAUGACAAGGCAGUCAUCACGGCUUCAGAAUAUAUUGAGCAGCCAGUGGUGUUAAAGAUCGAUCAAGGAAGCGCUGAAGAAGUUGUCCCAGAAGACACUUCAACUCUGCUUUCACAGAAAGUUGAAGAUGACAAAAUGAUAAUCUCAGCUUCAGAAUAUAUUGAGCAGCCAGUGGUGUUAAAGACCGAGGAAGGAAUUGCAGCUAAAGAAGUUGACCCAACAGAAACUUCAACUCUGCUUUCACAGAAAGCUGAAGAUCACAGCACAAUCAUUGCAGCUUCAGAGAAUAUUGAGCAGCCAGUGGUGUUAAAGACCGAUGAUGGAAGUGCUAAAGAAGUUGAACCAACAGAAACUUCAACUCUGCUUUCACAGAAAGCUGAAGAUGACACAACGGUCAUCACAGCUUCAGAAAAUACUGAGCAGCCAGUGGUGUUAAAGAUCGAUGAAGAAAUUGCAAAAGUGUUUGUCCCAAUAGAAACUUCAACUCUGCUUUCACAGAAAGAUGAGGAUGACGUCGCAGUCAUCACAUCUUCAGAAAAUAUUGAGCAGCCAGUGGUGUUAAAGACCGAUGAUGGAAGUGCUGUGCAGCAGCAGCAGCAGAUGGAUGUUAAAGUUGAAGAAGCUAUUGAACCAACAAAACAAGUCAAGACAACUGAAGCAAAAAGUGGAAAAGAGAGUCUCUUAGACCUUCUUGGAGCCAUGAAGGUGGAAGUCACUAAUAAGAGGAGGCUCAAAAACUUGAAAACAGUGAGACCAAGCCCUGAGUCUGUCCCUAAGUCAAAGCCAGCAGCUAUGGAGAGCACCAUCAGUAUGUUUCAGAAGGCAACAGUGGAGGCUGCAGCACAGAGUGAGACACUGGAUCCUGAACUGGUUGCAGCUGCCUCUGCUGCUGCUUCCACUCUGCCUAACAAAAGCCAGGCCCAGUCUGAGCUGCUCAGACAGCUGAGGGAAAACGAGGUCAUCACUGAGGCUCAGAGGAAAGGGGACACGAAAAACCUUGGGGUGAUUAUUGCUGACAUGAAAGUGGGAAAGAGUUACAAUAGACAGAGCGGUCGGCCGACUAAUCAGAUCCGCUUUGAUGAAGAUGGAAAAGGAUUCACAGAAGAAAGAGGGAUAACAGCCGAACUGGAAGGUGUCCGGAGGAGGAGGAGCUUAUUCUCAGGAAAAAGACUGAACAUCUUCUCUCCCUCUACUGAGGAAGAUACUGUUGGGACCACAGCACGGCCAACUCUCUGGGACAUGGACUUUGCUCAUCAGUUGUCUCUGUCAACCAACCAAUUGCCCCGGAACGGCCUUGAGGAAAUGAUCCAGUUGACCAAAGAAGGGAAAAUGUGGCAGUACCCAAUCAACAAUGAGGCUGGACUUGAGGAGGAGGCCCAGGUCUUGUUCCAUGAGCACGUCUUCUUAGAUCAACACUUGGAGGAGGGUUUUCCUCGUCAGGGACCGGUGCGUCACUUCAUGGAGCUGGUGGUAACUGGUCUGUCCAGAAACCCUUACCUGACAGUCCAGCAGAAGAAGGAGCACAUUUCCUGGUUCAAAGACUACUUCAACCAAAAAGAGGAAGUCCUCAAAGAAGCUGAUGUUUUCCUAGGCUAAGCUCAAGACAGUCAAAUAUGUUUCAGUAUUUGCUGAAUGUGGACAGAUUAACACAAGACCCUGAAGUCAGAGAGGCCUUACCACAGUGAUCGUCUUUAGCCAUACAAGUUUAAAAGGUUGCCCUGGAGGCCAGUUUGAGUGGACUAGAACUAAGUCUGUGUACCAGUGCAAGAGUUUGUAGAGCAUCUUAUGUUUCUAAAAAAUAAGACUAUAAAACAUUGUUAAAUAUCUUCAUCAGAGGCUUGUUAAAUAAAUGGAGGAAAACAUCUAUAAAAUAUAUCUUGUACGAGAUAAAAAAAUAAUAUAAAGCAGCAAAAGUACAGUCAUAGUUUUUGCUUGUUUCAGUUUUUGAUGGAUACCCAGAACUACAACUGAUGGUUUGUUAACAAAAGCCACCCCUAACAGCCAGCAAGUGACUGGCUGUUAGGGAUGAGUUUCACCAGAUAACUUGCAAUAUGAUGCAAUGAGAUAUGAUUCCUGAUAAAUGGCACAAGAUAACCAACAAUACAGUGAUUUUGCAAACAUUGGUACAUUAGCAGACUAUCAUGUAAUGGUAUAUCAUGAUAUGUGAAAGACUGAAGAAUACAAAAUGAUCCUUAAAAUGGUGGAUGAACAGCAUUAUGAGGAGUCAUGACGUUGUAGUGCAGUGUGAGGCAAAUUGGAAGAUAAAUCUAUUUGGGGUCGCUUAUUAUUUUUAAAUUUGAGGACUGAUAUUUGCUGCUAGAAUCUUUUUUUUUUUUUAAAUAUUGUAUCACACAUGUCAUGAUAAAGAUAAAUUGCCAUAUCAAUAUAUAUUGUCUUGCUAAUAUUAAUUAUUUGUUUCUGGUGUGGUGACACAUUACACAUUUCAAUUCUAA